CCCCCAGAGCUCCACAGCCAUGUCGAUGGCGCCGGCAGUCUCCUCCUCCCUCUCCCCCACCUCCGAGAAAAAAAAAAGAAGAAGGACAAGAAGUCUUUGUCCGCCGCUGCCACCGCAAACGGCGGAGAUGAAACCCCCAUCUCCCCUGCGGCCGCCACGGCCGACGAUGAUCUGUUUCAGAAGGAUUACCUCAUCAAGCCCCAGUCGUUCACCCCCUCGAUCGACACCUCCAAGUGGCCGAUCCUCCUUAAGAACUACGACCGCCUUAACGUCCGCACUGGCCACUAUACCCCACUCCCCGCCGGCCACUCCCCUCUGAAACGCCCCCUCCCCGAGUACCUCCGCUACGGUAUCCUCAACCUUGACAAGCCCUCCAACCCUUCCUCCCACGAGGUCGUCGCCUGGAUCAGGCGCAUCCUCCGCGUCGAGAAGACUGGGCACAGUGGCACCCUCGACCCUAAAGUCACCGGCAAUCUCAUCGUCUGCAUCGACCGCGCCACCCGCCUCGUCAAGUCCCAGCAGGGCGCCGGCAAGGAGUACGUCUGCGUCGCCCGCCUCCAUUCCGCCGUUCCCGAUGUCGCCAAGGUCGCCCGGGCGCUCGAAACCCUCACUGGCGCCGUCUUUCAGCGGCCGCCGCUCAUCUCCGCCGUCAAGCGCCAGCUCCGGAUCAGGACCAUUUACGAAAGCAAGCUUCUUGAGUACGAUCCUGAUAAGCAUCUCGUGGUUUUCUGGAUUUCGUGCGAGGCUGGCACCUACGUCCGGACGCUCUGUGUUCACCUUGGCUUGCUUCUUGGUGUGGGAGGGCAUAUGCAGGAGUUGCGGCGGGUGCGGUCUGGGAUCCUUGGAGAGAACGACAACAUGGUGACGAUGCACGAUGUCUUGGAUGCCCAGUGGGUGUAUGAUAAUUUUAAGGACGAGAGCUAUCUGAGACGGGUGGUAAUGCCGUUGGAGGUUCUGCUUACGAGUUAUAAGAGGCUGGUGGUGAAGGACUCGGCGGUUAAUGCUAUAUGUUAUGGUGCGAAGCUGAUGAUUCCUGGGCUGCUGAGGUUUGAGAAUGAUAUUGAAGUGGGGGAGGAUGUUGUGCUGAUGACUACCAAGGGGGAGGCAAUAGCUUUGGGGAUUGCAGAGAUGACGACUGCAGUAAUGGCAACUUGUGAUCAUGGGUCGGUGGCGCGGAUUAAGAGGGUGGUGAUGGAUCGAGACACAUACCCAAGGAAGUGGGGGCUGGGACCUAGAGCAUUGAUGAAGAAGAAGUUGAUUGCUGAAGGGCUGCUAGACAAGCACGGGAAGCCAAAUGAGAAGACACCGUCAGAGUGGCUUAGAAAUGUGGUGUUGCCAACUGGAGGGGAUUCGAUGAUUGCCAGCCUUGCAGCCGCGCCAGAGUCAGUGUCACCAGAAGGGGAGGCAGUGGUUGAAGAAGCGAAGGAAGGGAAGAAAAAGAAGAAGAAGCAUAAGGAUGGCGAUGAUGGUGAUGAAGGAAAGAAGCGUAAAUUGGAGGAUGGAGGUGAAAGCCCUGUUGCUAAGAAGGUUAAGGUUGAGGAAAUUGGGGAUGCUGUGGUUGAGUCUGAAAGGGAGAAGGUGAAGAAGGUGAGGGAGGACAUUGAGGAAGUGUUGGUUGAAGAGGACAAGAGUGAGAAGAAGAAGAAGAAGAAGAAGAAGAAAGACAAGGAGAAAGGAGAUUCGGGACUGUUUGAUGAGGGCAAGGCAGUAGAAAAGGAAAAGAAGAAGGAGAAAAGCAGCAAAGAUAAGAGUGAACUGGGAUCAUCUGAUGAGGUAGGAGAGCCAAAAAAGAAGAAGAAAAAGAAGAAGAAGAGUAAAGAUGGUGACGAUGGUGGGGAACUUGAAUUACCUAGCAGCAUAGGAGAUGGCAAUGGGGAAGAGCAGAAAACUAAGAAGAAGGAGAAGAAAAAGAAGAAGCAUCAGGAUGCAGAGGAGACGGCUUGACUAGAAGAAGUGUGUCUCUGGGAUUUCAUCUUCAUCUUCAAGGGAGAGAUUAGCUUGCCCUUUCACAUAUUGAUGCAAUUGAGUGGGUUUUGCAGGAGCUGGCUUGAAUGUGUAAGAUCCCUUAUUGUAGCUGCAUCUGUGUUAUAGAUUUGCCAAACUAAAAUUCAGGUUGAGUGAGAGGGCUUCAAAUACACCAGGGAGUUGUUUGCUGGUCAAAUCUAGCUCGAGGGAGAAUCGUUGAUAAAUCUAGUCUAUAUCAUGAAGGAUGGUAAUAAGCUGUAAUGUGAGCUUUGGCAUCUUUGCAAUGAAGAACUUUGUCUUCCUAUCCUGUUCUAGUCUGCAGAAUCUGGAAUUUGAGUUCUCCUAUGCAUCAUUAUUUCUUGACCUAUUCAUAUGUUUUAUAUCCAUUUAUGACUUGUACAUUCAGUUGAAGGUUCAUUACUUUUCCAUAA